AUGUCUCAGCCUUACACUAAAUCUCAGCUCUCCGAGAAGCUUCGGAGGUUAAGGAAGAAGUUCCGGGUCAUUUCCUCCCGGAUUUCUAAAGGGUUGGAUCAGUCUUUCUUAUCGCCCCACGAUCGUGCUCUUUUUGAGAUUUCUAAGCGGCUCUGGCACCCUGAUUAUGCUGACACGUCGCCGUUUGGUGGAGUUAGUGGUGGGAAAGCUACGAAAUCGGAUUUAGUUGGGGUUGAAGUCAGCUUUUUACCCGAAAUUUUGUCGGGUCUGGAUCCUAAUGAAGUUGAGAAUAUUGAGCUUAAGUGGGAAAAGAGUGAUAAUGUGGUUGAAGGUGUUGAUUUUGGGGAUAUGUGUCACGCCCCGAGCCCGCACGUGCCCGUCACAUGA